CACAUGGCUCGGUCCAAGCGGAAUGGUAGAGCCGGGCUCUGUAUGUCGAGCGGAUGCCUCGGGUACUCGCAAAUAAUGUGGACUCGCUGAACAAAAGCAGUUCCAAGCUGGGCAAGGCAUUUCUGGAUUCGGUCAGGCGGUGACCAGGAUGUCAUUGUUUCCAAAGUUCAGACCGGGACCGAUCGGAGGUAAGGUGACUUGAUUUGCCUGUAUCGUGCUGGGCGGCGCAUCGAAAGGCUGGUCGUUUGCGCUCUCUCGUCCGAUCGCGAUGGACUGUGCUUCAAGUCGUCGUCGGCAUUCGCAAGAAUAAUGGAGCCUUCGGUCAUAGCAGCGGUGAGCGGACGAACUGGCUCACGAUCUAGCCCGGCUUACGAGAUUGCAAGCGAAGGCAAGCCUGGCAGCUUGGGCUCUUUGGCCAUUUUUGGUGUGAGAGGAGGUGCAGGUGCAUGGUGCAUGUCCAUUGGCAUCUCAGAUACGGGCCUCUUUGGACCAUAAGUAGGGCGAGGAGUGUGUGAUGUCGCCACU